CGUCUCUCUCUCUCUCGCUCUCGCUCUCUCUCUCCUCCGACGACGACGAAGAAGAAGCCAUGGCCACCGCCGCAGAUCAAGAAGACGACGACACGCAGAAGCAGAAGCAGAAGCAGAAGCAGAAGCCCACGGAAGCCAAAAUCACCAAGCGCAAGGAGUCGUCCAUCUACGGCAACUACAAGCACUACUACGGCUAUCGAAUUGAUCCGAGUACGGAGGAGGAUCCGCGGCUCGCGGUGUUCAAGAGGGAGUGGUUUGAGGGGAGGGACUGCCUCGACAUUGGCUGUAACCAGGGAUUGAUAGCAAUCAGCAUAGCGAAGAAGUUUCUAUGCCGAAGCAUUUUGGGAAUCGACAUCGACGCAGGUUUGGUGGAAACUGCUCAAUGGAACUUAAGAAAGAUAGCUAGACUCGAAAAUGCACAUAAAAGAGCAAUAGAGGGUUCUAACUUAACAGCGUCUAAUAGUUUGAGCUGUUUGGGGAGAAGGACUGGUCAAACUUCAAAGGGGAAGAUCCCUGGCUAUAAGCAUGAUGAUUCUCCUGGUACAGCAGAGGAUCUUUUCAAUGUAGUUUCCUUCUGCCGUCAAAAUUUUAUAGAGAGCUUGGAUGGAUGCUCAGAAAAGUAUGAUACAAUUCUUUGUUUGAGUGUCACGAAGUGGAUCCAUCUGAAUUGGGGUGAUGAUGGUCUGAUUACUUUGUUUGUGAAGAUAUGGAGACUUCUUAGACCGGGUGGGAUUUUUCUAUUAGAGCCGCAACCCUGGACUUCAUAUAAGAAAAACCGACGAGUUUCUGAGAUAGCUAUUGUGAAUUACGACAAUAUCCUUUUGUAUCCACAUAUAUUUCGAGAAAUACUACUAGACAAGAUUGGAUUCAGGUCGGUGGAGGUCGUUACUGACAAUUUGUCCGGUACUGUCGCGGGGUUUGACCGUCCAAUUUUGGCCUUCUUGAAGUGAAAUAUAGGAUUAACUCAAGAUAGGAUUGUGCAGGAUUCAACUGGACUUCUCUCUUGUUUUCAAUAUGGAUAUGUUCCGACGGCCUUCCGUGUUUGUAUCAACUCAUGAUUUUGAGCUCAAGCAAUAUACAGCAACUUCAUCUGCAGUCUUGAAAUUUCAAGAGAUGGAUGCUUGGUGUUACGUAGGCUGAAAUUUUCUCAUAUACAUUCCUAGAAAGCGAAAAAAUUUGGGUAUCGCGCGUCGAUUAUCUGCAUGAAGUUCAAGCCAUUUUAAAAGGUCAGUUGGAUUUAUCAAAUGCUGUUAGUUGUGAUGAUUAUAAUUAGGAAUUGUUGUAUAUCUUUACAAAAUUUUGUAGUAUGAAUUUACAAUGUUUCAGCUCU